AUGAUAUACCAAAAAAAAGAAUUAAAAGCAAAUUUAUUUUAAGAAGAAAGAACUGAGGAACUGGAAUGUUUAAUUUGGAAUUAAAGCUUUCGAGGAUUUAUGAAAACUAACUUUCUAAUAACAUUCAAAAAAUAAUUAGAAAUAAUUUAUUCAACUCUAGAUGGAUAGAUACUUGGCACGUAAGGAAUGAAUAAUAUUUAAUAUUUAGUGAUUAAAUUUAGGAUUUAUCAAAAAAUUCUGAAAUUAGAAUUAAUUUAGAACAAGUAUAACAUUUAAGAUGGUUUGGAUAAUAAGAAAAUUGUAAGAAAAUUGGAAGAUGGUCAGCAAGAUGGAAGGGUCAAACUUUAAAAGAUGUCGGAGGUUAUUACUCAGAAUUAGGAUAAAAAUAAGGCUUAUGGAAAGAAUUAAUAUAAGAUUAUUAGAGGUAAUUAAUAAUAAUAAUAUUAAAAUUUAUAGUCAUGCCCAAGCCUAUGAAUUAGGAGAAUAUUUAACUGGUAAAAAAAUAGGAAUUUGGAAAAGUAUUUUUGAGGAAGAAGAGAUGUAAUAAACUUUUAUUAAAAUUCAUUUAGUGGGUGUGGAUAAUAUAAUUAACUAUCAUAAAAGAUUGGAAAUUGGAUUGAGUUGAGUGAUAAUUUUUGGGAGUAUUGAAUUUAUACUAUUCAUAAAAUAAGAUUAAGUUAAGUCACUUAUCGAGGAAAGUAUGAAAAUGGUAAUAAAAUUGGUAGAUGGGAUAUUUAUUUGAGAAAUAAAGCAGAGAAUUUAAUGUCAGCGUAAAUGUAUACUAAUUUAUUAUGCUAUUUAGAGGUGGUGGUAAUUAUGAUUAAAAAGGUAGCGGUCUGAAAAUAGGAAAAUGGAUAGAUAUUUGCGAUUAGUUUUAUGUGUAAAAUAAAUAUUCUAAUUGAUUAUUACUUUAGAGAUAAUUAAGUAACUUAUAUUGGAGAAUAUCAAAAUGGUAUUAAAAUUGGUCGAUGGAAUACUAAUUUGAAUUAUGAUGGUAAGAAUGAAGAGAUGUAAAUAUAAAUUGCAACAACUAUUUUAGCGGUGGAGGUUCUUAUGAUGAAUUAGGAAGCGGUCAAAAAAUUGGCAAAUGGAUAGAAUUAAGUGAAGGAUUUUAGGAGUAGAAAAUAAAUAAUCAUAAUUUAGACAUAAUUAAGUCAUUUUUUAUGGAGAAUAUAAGAACGGUUUUAAAGUUGGUAGAUGGAAUACUUAUUUUAAGUUUAAUGGAAAGAAUGAAGAGAUGUAAAAUAUGAAUUUUAAUAAUUAUUUAGAGGGGGAGGCUUUUAUGAUUGGAGAGAAAAUGGGCAAAAAAUUGGAAAAUGGAUAGAGUUAAGUGAUGGACCUUCUAGGAGUAGGUAUUUGAUAUAUUUUAAUUUUAUACAUUAGAUAUAUUUAGGUCAUAUAUUCUGGUGAGUAUAAAAAUAGCUUAAAAGUUGGAAAUUGGAAUGCAUAUUAUAGAGAUAGAGGAUUAAGUAAAAAAUUCAAAAACAUGUAAGAGGAUUAUAUAUUGUUAAUUUAAUUUUAGAGGAGGUGGAUAAUAUGAUGAAAAAUCAGGUGUAAAAAUUGGAAAAUGGGUAGAAUUGAGUGAUAAUUUCGGGGACGGAUUAGGAUACUCAUAAAUUAUUUAUAUUGGUGAAUAUAAAGAUGGGAAAAAAUUUGGUUUAUGGGACAUUUUUUGGGGAGUUGAUCUAUCGAAUUUAAAUACUGAAUAGCUGUAUAAAUAUUAUUUAGCUUCUUAAGGGGUGGUGGAUUAUAUGAUGAAUAUGGAAGAAAAAUGGGAAAAUGGAUUGAUGUGAAUGAUUGGUUUUAUAGGUAUGAUAAAAUUUAUAAUCUAGUUGGAAAUAAGUUACCUAUCGUGGGGAAUAUAAAAAUGGCAAGAAAAUUAUUAUUAUUAUUAUUAUUGCUAUUUAACAUAAAUAUAAUUAUUAUUAAUAAUGA